GAGGUCAUGCUGCACAGAGCGGAGCUAGAGGACGCUCUGCUUGAGGAGCGUGUUAAUGGGUGCGAAGUCAUCUCCAUGCAAUGCAAUGAAUGCUUUAAUGUGGACGACUGGUUAGUCAUCUAAAAAUACCUGGAAUCCUCUUGGCACCCAUCCCUUCCUCUCCGCGGUAUGGAUGGGUUGCAGUCUGAAAACAGCGGAGUUGGUGGCAUCGGAGAAACCGCUGAGGAAAAGUACGGAGCUCUCGCCUUCGACACAGCUCUCAGUACUUUAGUGGUAGUGGCCCUGUACGUGGUGGUGAAAGUCAGCUUGGACGGGUUCAGGCAAUGGCGCGCCAGGAUUUCGGUGCUCGUCGUGGGCUCUGGUCCCGUGGGGCUGACAGCGGCGCUGGUCGCUGUCCGCUCCGGGAAGGUGCUGAAACUGACCGUGCUGGACGAGAGGUACCGGACCGCGCUGCUCUGCCGGCCCCAGCAGAUCGCCCUGGAUCCUCGCAGUGUUAAGUUUCUACUGGGACUCGGGGUGGACUUUGAUAACAUGGAGGGCUGUUGGCACAAUGAGCACUUCUUCACCAGAAUAGGCGUGUUUCAGGAGUAUCUGCUAAGCAUCCUGGAGCAGAAGAAGCAGAAGGUGGAGGUCAAAGUACAGCUGGGAACUAAGUUCACAGAAGAAUUCCUGCAGCGAAUUCCACAUAAUGACUGGCCUCGAGUAAUCGUGGUGGCUGAUGGGUCGUGUGGAGACUCCUGCUCCGUUUUAGGAAUCAGCUCUGACUACAUUGUGGAGUCCUGCCAUGGAUAUGGAGCUAAUGCUACCAUAGAGAGAUUAGAUCAGCGACAGGUGCCCACGCCUGAGAUUCGUGCACACAGCCUCUACUUUGACCUGUCUGCUUAUGGAGUGGAGGCCCUCAGAGAGCAGAGAAACUCUGCAGCCAAGUCUGGUUUCCACCUAAAGAUAUACGGUACCUUCAGAAACCGCUACAUGGCUCUGGCCUGUCCCACCUCUGACAACAAAAUGGUUCGAUACCUACGACACACUACAAACUCCUCUAUCAUGAAGAAUAUUUUUUAUGAAUCCUUCAAUGCCUACAAGACAGACAUUGAACCUCGUCUCAGCGACAUGACGCUCCACCACAUGCAGUGCAGCCGGCGGCUCUUUGAGAUACAGCUGUCACACAGGCGCAUCAGUGCAGCCUACAUAGAGGGGGAAAACGUUGCUGUCAUUGUGGAGGGUGAGGCGGCACGUGUCCUCAACUUUGACACAGGAUUUGGGGUUAAUCUGGGCAUGAGAGGCCUUGAGUCGGUGGGGACCUUCAUUUACCGGACAGCAACUGCCGUGGAUCAGAACGAUAUUUUUGAGGCACUGUCAGCUAAGAUGCAGCACUCCAAACAGGUGGCAGAGACCUUCAAGCAGACAGGUCUGGCUAAUUCAAUGUAUGAAUAAAAAACAGAACUCAUGCUGUGUGCUAAGUGCCACCCAGUGGACAGAAGUUGGAUCAUAUCGUAAGGAAUGGGUCCAAACCACCUACAGCAUUAUUCAUAGUCUCAUAUUAGAUUGAGCUUGAAGAUUGGGAUCAUGUGUAACUGAGAAAGGCUCAUGUCCUUUUUUGAUAUUCAGUGAUUGAGCACAACAUGUAAUGGAAGUGAUGAGAAUUAUAAAUGCUAAAACUACAUUCAGGAAAUUGAAAACAAUCAUAUAGUAACAACAAAAAAAACUAAAUAUUGUAUAGGCUCUGUACAGAAAAGGUGUUUACUUGUAAAAUUGUUGGAAUUUACAGAAAUGACAUGACUAUUGUAUUUUUCACUCUAUUCGCUCUAUUUUCUCCUUUAGUGAAACAUUGAAUGGAUUUCCCUGUUAUUUGCCAAUUGUGCAUUAUAUACAUACAUACUGCUAAUGCUGUUAAAGAAUAACAGACUCUUUAAGAAUAUCCAGCUCCAAGUGAGAAUUCUUAGGUCUAUAACUAGCAAGAGAUAUAAAAAGGGCAUAUAAUGUAAGACAGCAGGAUUUCCAUUGCCUACUUUUUAUUGUAUCAGUGUUUUUGGCCGCUGAUGAGAGGAAAACAGUGGUAAUAAUGGUAAAGUAUUUCAAACAAUAUAUUAUUUUCUCAUAAUGGCCUGUCAACAUGUUUUAUAUUUACGAAAAUGACAUUGUGAUGAUGUUUUUUUAUCAGUUGCAAUUUUUUGUCCAGAUGAUUUUAAAAGGUUCAGUGAUGAUGAUGUGGUUGAAGUGCCAAUAAAA